AUCAAUCAAUAAUAACUCAAAAGUCUGUCCUAAAACAUUCAUCAAACGACCUUUCAACACAUGUGUAUAUAUAUAUGUAUUGAUCGCCUGAAACACAAGAAAUAAUCGCAUUGUAGUUGAAUUGAUACAACAUAAAAACAACAUAUAGAAAGAUGCUAGCAGUUUUUGAUAAAUCGGUAGCGAAGAGCCCAGAGGCGUUACAGAACGCGAGCUCUGAUUCGGUGAGUGCACUGAAAGAUGGGUUUCUGGUGGGCCAUUUCUCUUCGGUGAAGCCUGUUUCUGUCACCGUUAAUCUUGGUCAUGCUGGCGUUUUGGCCUACUCCAUGGAUAAGCAGAACCCUUUUCUUCCUAGAUUGUUUGCUGUGACGGACGAUAUAUUCUGCUUGUUUCAAGGCCACAUUGAAAAUGUUGCACACCUUAAGCAACAGUAUGGAUUGGGCAAGAAUGCAAAUGAAGUAAUCAUUGUUCUAGAGGCCUACCGAACUUUAAGGGAUAGAGGUCCUUAUCCCGCAGAUCAGGUGUUGAGAGAUUUCCAUGGAAAAUUUGCUUUUGUUCUGUAUGACGGUUCAUCAAAAUCUGCAUUUGUUGCUGCUGAUGCUGAAGGAAGUGUGCCCUUCUUCUGGGGUACUGAUUCUGAAGGGGAUCUUGUUAUCUCGGAUGAUACAGAUGUUAUCAGCAAGAGCUGCAAGAAGUCAUAUGCACCAUUUCCAAAAGGAUGCUUCUUCACAACUUCUGGAGGCUUGAGGAGUUUUGAGCACCCUAUGAAUGAAUUGAAGCCAGUGCCGAGAGUAGAUAGCUCGGGUGAGGUGUGUGGUGCAACCUUUAAGGUGGAUGAAGGGUCUCGGAAGGAAACUGGCGGCAUGCCUAGAGUCGGAAGUGCUGCUAACUGGUCCCAACAUUACUGAGCGAAAUACCUUUGAUUGCGGCAACCCCUUGGUUAUUAGUAGUGGGUCGCAGGAGUCUUUUACACUUCUUUUAUAUUCUAAUCAUGAACUUUACUGGCUAAAUGUUAUUGAACUUCUCAAUCUGUUAUGAGCAAACACAGUCCUUCGAUACAACCAUUAAUCAGCUGCUUACGGUUUUAUUUAAUUCAGUGCAUUUGAAAUUCAGGAUGCUUAAAAUAAUAGUACUUUCAGCAAGGGUUGUGUUAUCAUCCUUUUGUUUAUUGAUUGUACAUGUUUAAAUCUUUUUCUUAAAUAGUCAUGAAUGUGUUCUUUGGA